AUGUAUACAGAAAUCAAAGAAUUGAUCAACUUUUUGGCUGUUUUCAUGCACCAUCGUAUUGCAAGACGUCGGAUCAGUUUGUGCAUGGAAAGUUUUGCGAAUCAUUUAGCAACAAGAUUUCAUGAUAAUUGGCGCCCUGAUGAACCAAAACAUGCUCAAGCUGAACGUAUCUUGGCAAUUAAAACACGUGGAGGUAUGGAUGAAAUGUUCAUUGCCGUUGCGGCAAGUGUUGGCAUCAAUGGGGAUGAUCUUUAUGCAAGCUUUCCAACAACCAUUUUCAUCUACUGUAAUCCUGGUGAAGUAACUUGCCGCAUUUCGGAUUAUCCAUCCAUUGUGAUUAUUUGGCGUGGCGAUGUGGACGCGGACAAAUUUUAUAUUCCAACUCCUAUUGGUGCUGCAAAAUAUUACGAUGGAAACUCACACAACAUUCAAAAUACCGUUUUGAAUGCUUAUGUAAAGCAAGAAUCAAUGCUUCGUCCAGCUGGACAUGCGAAAAAACGAGAUGUGAAACCGGAACGCUGCAUUCCGCUCACUUUGGUUAGCUCUGCUGAGAUUGAUGCAUACGAUCUGCUUGCUACUGGUUUCAUCGACAUAAACGAGGUUCCACCGGUUUUAUUUCGCUAUAAACGAGCGAAUUCGAAGCAAUUCACGGUGCGUUCAUUUGCUGCUACGCGUUUCGGUUCGCAUCGACCGCGACCGGAUCAUAAAGCUAUGCGUCGCAUUCAGCAUGCUGCUGCAUAUCUUGCCAUAACAAACGCAAAUGCAAUUCAACAAGCUAAUGUACCGCUACUUGAGAAUUUUCCGGUGAAUUUUCAGUUUGCUAUGGGUCCGGAAGGUGGCAAUGGUAAGUGUUGUGGUUGCAAAGAUUUAUCUCUGUUGUUUGGUUAA